GUGAUUUAAGGAAACAAAGAUGUCUUUUGUGCUCUUCACAUCCUCAAUAGCUCCAACCUCAGUUGUUAACCGAUACAAAGUACACAAUUUGGUACGUCAGAAAAAUUAUUCUUCAAAUUCCAGCUUUUCCAUUGUUCACUACAAAUGUUCAUGGGCUAGUAUGGUGGGCAUAUGUAAAAUCUUUAGAAACAAUUCACUCAGUAUUCAAAACUUUGCUGCAAGAGAUUCCAUGGGCCCUGACAAUCAGAAGUUCACUGAUGUAUCUUUUGAUUGGGAAGAUCAAGAGCAAGAAGACCCUGAAGAUGUGGGGUCACCAUGGGAUGGUGCAGUUAUUUACAGGAGAAACCCUUCAAUCUCGCAUAUAGAAUACUGUACAACCUUGGAGAGGUUGGGAUUAGAAAAUCUUUCAACUGAUAUUUCAAAAUCAAGGGCUUCAGUUUUGGGAUUACGUGUCACAAAAGCCGUGAAGGAUUAUCCACUUGGAAUUCCUGUUCAGAUCUCCGUUGAUGUGACCAAGAAGAAGCAAAAGUUGAGGCUUGAUGGGAUCAUUAAGACUGUUAUCACUUUAGGUAGCAACCGGUGUGGUGAACCAACUGCCAAGAGCAUAUAUUCCAACUUCUCUAUAUUACUGACCGAGGAACCCAUUGAAGAACCAGAGAUUAUCAAUAUGGGAGUGAUCUUUGGUAAAGACAAAUUUAAGUCUUCUAUGGCAAGCAGCAUGGAAGAAGAGGAUGAUGAUGAUGCUUCAAUUGAUUGGGAUGACAGGUUGUACUUUCCUCCUGAAGAAAAGGAAAUCGAUAUUUCAAAGCACAUAAGAGACCUAGUACAUGUAGAAAUUAGCAUAAAUGCAAUAUGUGACCCAAGUUGCAAAGGUCUGUGCCUCAAUUGUGGUACAAAUUUGAACACUAGUAGUUGUAGCUGUAGCAAAGAGAGGAUUAAAGAGAAAGGUUAUGGCCCUCUUAAAGAUUUACGAAAACAAAUGCAGUCAAAAGGUUAGCUUAGUUGCAUCUCAUGUCUAGCUAUACAUGCCUUUUUCUGCCCAAUGCCAUCAUUUCAUUUUACUUCCUUACAAGUGGGGAGCAGUGUUUUUUUUUAUUUUUGGAAUAUUCCAGACAAUAAUUUAUAAUGUACCAUUAUAAGCAA